UCAAAAAUACAUUCGAAUUUUAUUAUAAAUAUCUGUUUUUUUUCGACGAAAUAAAACGAAGUAUUUUUUUCUAUAAAAUGAACGUUACAUCGAUAGCCUACUGUCAGUGUCAAACAGCUGAGUGGAAGAUUUCGAAUUUCGAGGUUAUGGCAUGUUGUGUUGGUGUUGUAUUCAAAGAUUCUUCCAAAACCUUUUCUUUAAUCAAUAUUGAAUUAAAAUCAAUUAUUCAAUGCAAUAUGGAAACCAUCACAUCUGCAGCUUUACAGAAAAAGAAAAUUAAUAAAGGGAAACUCAAGAAAACCAUCAAAAAUGUCCUUUGUAGACCUGACCCAGUGUUUUGGCCAAGUAUAACAGAUGAUGAAAAGCAAGAGGUAGAAGCAGUGUUAAAUAAACAUAAAGUAGACAUACCUGUUUACAAAAAACCUCUGUGGAAAGAUUUGGAGUCGAUACCUAAAGAGAAGCGGCCAAAGCCACCUAAACUUGAAAAAGUUGAUGGUCUAAUAUUCGGUAUAUCGGAGUGUCGAGAUAUAAUUCAAGGUGGCCGAUGUUCAGCUGUUAUGAUAGAGGCUGCUGUGAAUCCUCGUACCAUCAUUCAACCCGUACUAGAAGCUUGCACAAAUAUCCGAACACCAGUUAUUUGUGUUGAAAACCUAAGAAAAAUUACCACAAGCAAUUUUGGUAUACCUACUAGCUGUUUAGGUGUUAAGAAGGAUUAUUUAUCAGAUAUCAGUCAAUUGGUCUUUAAAUUGGGCAAUGGCAAGCUUCCAAAAGAGCAGCCAGUGAAAGAUAAAAUUGAUGUUGAAAUUACUAAUGUUGAAAGGAAUAACACUCCUAUGGAUACAAACGAGACUGCAGAGUUUCAAUAUUUGUACAGAACUAAUAAGAAGAGAAGAAUAUUUGUUCCAUCAGAGGAUGGAAGUGAUGGAAUAGCCUCAAGAGAACCUAAGAAGUUUAUUGGCCAAGACUUCAUAGAAUUUUCGGAUAAGUCUGAAAAACAAAACAGCAAAGCAUUUAUGACGAUGAUUGUCAAAAGGAUAUCAAACAAUCCUAACAGGGUUAAGGCGAAAUCAUGAGUUCUAAAUAAAAUAGAUAAUAAAUGAGAAAAAGAUUUUAUUUAUAAGAUAAUAACACUAUAAUGUCAAAAAAGACAUGUAUUAUGAUAAGCAUUCCUCAUGGAAUGUGGUGUAGUAAUUAUCAAAAAUUAUUGCAUAGGGAAAUUCUUGAAUACAUUGUCUAAUAGAGUUUCCCUUUGCAGUACAUUUCUGAGCAGUGGAACAAAAUUUUACCAAUUCUACUUAUAUUUGGUAGAAACAAUUCAAAUUGCAAUAUUGGUAAAACUUAGUACACUUUUAUACUAGAAUAGUCAUGAUGUAUUCUAUAAACUCUGAUGUAUGUACAUAUAACAAGUUGUUCUAUAGAGUACACCAUGUAA